CGAACGUGAAGAGGAGAGAAACACAGAGCAACAAGAAAGCAUUGGAGUCAAGGUCUCUGCGUAUCCCUACGGAGACCUUGCCAAGACCAUUAACCUCACCAGCUCCACCAUAACUAGAUAUCACAUCUCGUUUUCCUCCUUCCUUGCUUCCUCAAUUCAUCAUCUCUCUGCGCCUUCUUUCUUUUCUCUUCUCUCCUUUAUUUCUUCUUCCAUACCAACUUCUUCCAAGUUCUACUCUUCUUGUUUUCACCAGUUUGAGGUGGCUUUGGAAGUGUUUACAUUCGAAGCUAUUGUUACGAUUUUAUCUUUAAAGCUGCUCACUGGUACUUCAUCCGGUCAUGAUUUGUUUUCCUGGAUUCUUUGGUAGAAAGUCGCGUUCUUCAGCAAGGCUAGAUCCAGACAUUGAAGAAGAAUUUUCUGCUCUUCACAAUGUCAGACUCUAUACAUACAAAGCACUACGAAUUGCCACUGAGGAUUUCAGUCCUAUUAAUAAAAUUGGAGAGGGUGGUUUUGGUUCUGUUUUCAAGGGACGGUUAAAAGGUGGAAGAGUUGCCGCAAUUAAAGUUCUUUCAGCUGAAUCAAAACAAGGGGUGAGGGAAUUCUUGACUGAGAUUAAGGUGAUCUCAGAAAUAGAGCAUGAAAAUUUAGUUAAGCUAUAUGGCUGUUGUGUGGAAGGAAAUCACAGAAUAUUAGUCUACAAUUACCUGGAGAAUAACAGCCUCGCGCAAACGCUAAUAGGUGCACGGCGUAGCAGUAUCCAAUUCAAUUGGCGAACGCGGUCUAGAAUAUGCGUGGGGGUUGCACGUGGGAUUGCCUUUCUCCAUGAGGAAGUAAGACCGCAUAUUGUCCAUAGGGACAUAAAAGCAAGCAACAUUCUUCUUGACAGAGACCUCACACCCAAGAUUUCAGAUUUUGGGCUUGCAAAACUGAUUCCAGCAAACAUGACCCAUGUUAGCACACGUGUUGCAGGAACUAUAGGUUACCUGGCACCAGAGUAUGCAAUAGGAGGCAAGCUGACACGAAAAGCUGAUGUAUACAGCUUUGGAGUCCUACUUGUGGAGAUUGUAAGUGGGAGAUGUAACACAAAUACACAGUUACCAAUGGAAGAACAGUACCUUCUAGAAAGGACGUGGGAUCUUUAUGAGCGAAAGGAAUUAGUAGCACUGGUAGAUGAAUCGCUGAAUGGGGAGUUUGAUGCUGAGGAAGCUUGCAGAUUUCUGAAGAUUGGGCUUCUUUGCACGCAGGAUGAUCCCAAGGUGCGGCCAUCCAUGUCUUCGGUGGCAAGCAUGCUCACCGGCAGAAUGCGUGUGGACGAGAGGAUAGCAAAACCAGCCUUGAUCUCUGAUUUUAUGGACCUCAAAGUGAGGAAAAAACCAGCAAGUCAUAUUGGCAUAGAGAUUACUGAGGCUUCAUCUUCAAACUAUUCAUCCUCGGCCUUGUGCAGCCAGGAUACCACUUUUUCAUCAACUGUUUCAACCGCUGCAACUACAACCUUUGUGCCUCGAUAUGAUCAAAGCAUGUGACCCAUCCUCUUCAUUAUUUCAUUUCAUGUGGGAGGGUUUUUAUCUUCUGUAAAUUUUGUAACCGUUGCUUACUUUUUGAGUGUUUGUUUGUGCAAGCUAGUAGUCUUGUUUAAUGCAUGUGUGAUCAGGCUGGUAUUUUAGGUAUUUUGAAGAUUCUUUCC